CCACGCUUGGACCUGCCGAGGGGUCAACUGUCUCAAACGUCCUCGUGCGUUACAAUAAGCCAAAAGCCCUACUCAAAGCCACUCAAACAAUUAUGCUCAUCUGAGCUUCAAGGGUUUGGAAACAGGAACACAGUAGAAGACCACAGAAUCACAGCUCUUUCCUGAGCAGUUGUGUAGUCGGGUGAAGGCGCAUCGAAACGCAGAUUUUGCGGCCAAAAACGCGUUUUUUUUUAGAAUUUCAACAUGAUUCUUAGAUGCUUCGCGCACAUAUUUUGUAUAUUUCUGCUGACCAGUGUGUCUCAACCACUCUUACUCGGCGCACCACGAAGGCCAAGAAAACCUUCCAUUCCUCCCGCCACACACUGCAUGUCGGGUAAAGUGAAGUACAGCAUCUCCCAGUCCUGGUACCCAGUCCUCAUCCCAUGCGGAUAUGUCGAGUGCAUCAAGUGCUCCUGCAAACUGGAAGGAAAUGCUGCCAAGGUGGUAUGUAACAACUUAUAUGGCUCUUGUCCGGGCGGCUACCUCAAGCCAGGGGACUGCUGUAGAACCUGCCCAGGAUUAUCGCGGCCGGUCAAGCGUUCAACAGACAGAUCCUGCACCUUGAAAAACAGAGAACAUUCGCACGGAAGUGUCUGGAAGGUUGACCCUAGCAACGCCGCUGACCUAGACCCCAAUCAGUGCACGGAAUGUAGCUGCUGGGACGGAUUCGUAUCGUGUGCAAUCCGGACAUGUCCAAAACCUGUGUGUAGUAACCCAGUGUCGUCACUGACAUCUUGCUGUCCGGUCUGUCCAGAGCGACCGAUGGCUCAGCCAAAGACAGCAGGCUGUUCGUCGCUCGGCCCUCUCGGCAUGCCGUCGGCUUGUCGCUGUUCGUCGCUCGGCCGGGGGUACAAGGAAGGCGAAACUUGGCAUCCAAUGCUUCAGCCCUACAGAACUAAAUGCAUUCUCUGCACCUGCAAGAACUCUGUUGUCCGCUGUGACAAAGUCAAAUGCGAAGAUGGGGCGAACUGUAAUCCACGAUGUUGUACAUGCACGGCGCCAACUAUAUCAAAACAGACGCCGGCCCUUGCGACCCUUCCCCCCACCCCUCCCCUGGCCGAGUUUCCUGAUUGUUACUUCAGCGGUCACGGGGUUCGACGUCACAAUUCAAGCUGGAUACCAACCAUCGCGGGCAUCUCAUCGAAUUGCUUCGAGUGCACAUGUCUGAACUCGGAAGUCCGCUGCGAAAAGAUCAUCUGUCCCAAGUCCUAUUCGUGCCAAGACCCCGUCAACAUCCCGGGAAAAUGUUGCAAAGUUUGCAGAGGAAUGGCAAACAGGGUCCAGUCUGUUCGGUUGGGGAGGAGGCGAAGACUUUGCGGAUUAGGGAAGACGAGGUGGCUUGUGUACAAUUUCACAUCGACGCUCGAGCCAAAUUCAGAUCCAAAUCAAGCGAGCGGUCAGUUUGCUUUGGAAGAAAUCGCGCCUAUUUCCCCGAGGGUGGAGCUGCACCUGCUGGCGGGUAAUCGCACACACUUGAGUGUGGUGAUCGAUGUGAUGGACAGAACAAGGUUCGAAAAAUGGGUGAACGAGAGCGAGGCAAGAAAAAGUCAGAGACCUAUCGGAGUGUUACGAGAAGGGCGACGGAAGAAGAUCAAGGAGAAAGAGCAAGCUAAGUGCGUCCUCAACUGCCACCUGCGCGUGCGCCAGCUCAUGGAUGUACUAGGCAAGCGCAGUAGGUCGUGUCGGCCCCCAGUCACUCUCACGGCGCUCAAAGAGGGUCUCUGAUGGCCAAGCAAUUUAUGGACUCAAAGAGUGUUGCAGAAAGACUAUUGACCUAAAGAGUGUUGCUGAAAGACAAACUGUGGUGAAUGGGGCUUGUCAUAGCUUAGCUCACACGCACCGAAAAGCUGAGAGUUUGGGACUCCGAAUGUAGAUAGAGUACAAGCCUGUCUCGCGUCUUUUGUAGUUGUCAGUAUCCUAGCAACAGUGGUGCAAGUAAAAACUAUUGGUAUUGGCUGUACUUUCAUGUAGAUUAUUCACGAAAAAGUGUCAUUCUUAAAUUAUGUGUUUAAAGUAGUAUUUAUCCUAGUUGAGAUAUUUGUAUUUCACAGAUUACAAAAUUUAUUCCUGUGA